GGGCAUUUAUCAAUGGUGGUUCAACUGAUGAAGUAUGGUGCGGACCCUUCUCUCAUCGAUGGUGAAGGCUGCAGCUGCAUUCAUUUGGCUGCUCAGUUUGGACACACAUCUAUCGUUGCAUAUCUCAUAGCCAAGGGACAGGAUGUAGAUAUGAUGGACCAGAAUGGAAUGACACCUUUAAUGUGGGCCGCUUACAGGACGCAUAGUGUUGACCCAACAAGAUUGCUCCUCACAUUUAAUGUUUCUGUUAAUCUUGGUGAUAAAUACCACAAAAAUACUGCAUUACACUGGGCCGUGCUGGCUGGAAACACUACCGUUAUUAGUCUGCUUCUAGAUGCUGGAGCAAAUGUUGAUGCCCAAAAUAUUAAGGGAGAGUCACCACUUGAUCUUGCAAAACAGAGAAAAAAUGUUUGGAUGAUUAACCACCUGCAGGAGGCGCGACAAGCUAAAGGCUAUGACAAUCCCUCCUUCCUUAAAAAACUGAAAGCAGACAAGGAAUUCCGUCAGAAGGUGAUGUUGGGAACACCCUUCCUGGUGAUUUGGUUGGUUGGCUUUAUUGCUGACCUUGACAUUGAUUCUUGGUUAAUCAAAGGAUUAAUGUAUGGUGGAGUUUGGGCCAUGGUGCAAUUUCUUUCAAAAUCUUUCUUUGACCACUCAAUGCACAGUGCUCUCCCCCUUGGGAUUUACCUGGCAACCAAAUUUUGGAUGUAUGUCACUUGGUUCUUUUGGUUUUGGAAUGAUCUGAAUUUUUUGUUCAUUCACCUUCCGUUCCUCGCAAAUAGUGUCGCUUUGUUUUACAAUUUUGGAAAAUCAUGGAAAUCUGAUCCUGGAAUUAUUAAGGCCUCUGAAGAACAAAAGAAAAAGACAAUAGUAGAGCUUGCUGAGACAGGUAGUCUGGAUCUGAGCAUAUUCUGCAGCACCUGUUUGAUCAGAAAGCCAGUGAGGUCCAAGCAUUGUGGCAUUUGCAAUCGAUGUAUAGCAAAAUUUGAUCAUCACUGUCCAUGGGUUGGUAAUUGUGUUGGUGCAGGAAACCAUCGCUAUUUCAUGGGAUACUUGUUUUUCCUUCUUUGCAUGAUUUGUUGGAUGAUUUAUGGCUGUAUUUCCUACUGGGGAAUACAUUGUGACACAACAUACACUAAAGAUGGAUUUUGGACAUAUGUGACACAAAUUGCUACUUGUUCUCCAUGGAUGUUCUGGAUGUUUCUUAAUAGCGUGUUCCACCUGAUGUGGGUGGCUGUCUUACUUAUGUGCCAGAUGUACCAGAUAUCCUGCUUGGGCAUUACCACAAAUGAACGUAUGAAUGCAAGAAGAUAUAAGCACUUUAAAGUCACAACAACAUCCAUUGAAAGUCCAUUCAACCAUGGAUGCAUCAGAAAUAUCAUAGACUUCUUUGAAUUCAGAUGUUGUGGUCUCUUCCGCCCUGUAUCUGUGGACUGGACGAGGCAGUACACAAUAGAAUAUGAACAAACGUCAGGCUCAGGCUAUCAACUAGUGUAGCCACUUUAGCACCACUGCUCCAACAUGGUCUUAUCCAAGUGGUGCCUGAAAAUAUGUGUCUCAAAAAUUGCCCCUUGAACUGUAGCAUGCUGUUUGUAGGGCUAAUCAAGCUUACAGUACCUUCACUCUGUCAGCAUUUUAUCAAUGAGAGAAACCCUGGACAGAACAUACUGCCCCUUGAAGAGGAAGAAGAUGACAAAGGAAUUUUAACUUCCUAGAUUUGGGAUUAUUUUGAACAAUUAAGAAUCACGAUUCAGUGAUGAUUUUUUUUUACGACUAUUUAUUUAACACAAUUCACAACAAAGCAUGGCAUUGUUUUCCUUACAUGCUUCAAACGCGUUCUGCUAUAAAAAAAAAAUAGUUAUUUCAUUUUCCCUCCUUCUUUUUUUUUUUUUUUUUCUUUUUUUUUAUGUUUUAAAUAAACCCAGUCGAGUAAGGCUUUGUAGUACAUAUAGUUAUAAUCCACAACAUGGCCAGGCUUGGAGUAAUAUACUAUGGCAUUUUAUUCUUGUAAUGUGAUCUUCCACAGUUGUGCUCUGAUAUUGUCAUUGAAAAUGUGAAUCUUAAUACUGGGUUGGCAAAUCAUGGGUUUUUAUUAGCCAUUCUUGGGUUAAGUUGGUGAGACGGGCGCACGAGGAUAAUGUGAACUGAAUGUAUGUUACUAAAAUUUUAUGACUAUCAGCUGCUGUUGCCGGCUGUUUCAGGAUCUGUCGAAAUGUGAUGUUAAACGUAAUUUCUGCAGUUUAGCUGUCCACAGCAAUUGCAAGCAGGUAUCUGUCCCCUUGUCCUUUGGUGCACAUAAGUAGGGCAAUAUUGAAAUUCAAUGAAAAAUUAUGAUGCUUGUCAAUAAACAACAAUUUGUAGCUUAAAUUAUAAUUGGAAACUGCUCACUCUCAAUACUUAAUCCUUGUUUAUAAAUUAACAUAAUUUUAGAUGGAUUUGAAUGACCUGCCAGAAGUACAGCAGCUGAAUAUCCAUUAUGUUUUAGAUAUCCGUUCAACAGCAACUAGAGAGAGACAUUUCAAAGCAUUUAGUAAUUCUGAGCUUUGAUAUUAGUCAGCUUUUACACACUACACACAAACUCACUGUACAAAUGAUGCUCAGCAUUGUGGGGCAGAUAUACUCCGCCAAUACUAAACAAACUGUGGGAUUUGCUUUAAUUUGUAUUUAGUCACAAGGCCUGAUGAUCAAACUCGCCGGCAUCGUGAGAAAUCUUUAGGUGCUUUUUUUUUUUUUCAAGCAUUAUAUUGUAUUUGUCUUUAACAUUCUGAAACCUGCGUAGCAAGAUAAUCAUCUCUCAAGCUAAAAUUUGCCUUUCUACAAUUCUGUUAGAGACCUCCCAGUAAUGAUGAGAUGUGUUCGAUCAUCUCGCCAGAGCCGUGAGCUUUAGAUCAUUGGGCCCAUAGUGUUUUUUUUGUUUUUUACUGUAUGCUGCGUAAAUCAACCAUUUUAAUUAAAUGCUAAAGUGGCUCUGACUAGGAGAUGAGGAUUUGUUCCUGAGAGUCUGCUUACUUUGGUUUGUUAGGUUUUAUGAGGAAAAGUUAACAUUUGCUACAUCCAUAUCAAAAUUCCAAAUUGAGCAUGCUCUACUGCAAUGUUUCUUAGGAUUUGUUACACUUGGAAGCGUACGCUACAAUGUAAUAGGACAUAAAACUCAACAUUUAUCUUACAUUAUUUAGAUACCAUUUUUAACAACAUUACACUUUUUAUCACAUUUGCUUCACAUUAUUAGUAUCCUUUGUUAAAAGAGCAGCAAUGCACUGCUGGGAUUCUGCUGAACACAUCAGGUGAGCCAAUGACAAAAGUACAGCCACCUAUCAGCAGCUAGCUCCCAAUAGUGCAUUGCUGCUCCUGAAGCUACCUAAGGGUGCUUUUUAACAAAGGACACCAAGAGAAUUAAGCAAAUUUGAUGAUAGAAGUAAAUGAAAAAGUUGUUUUAUAUUAUAUUCUAUCUGAAUCAUGAAAAUGUUAAUUUAGCACCUCUUGAGUUGCCCUGAAUACAAAACAUACAUUAGACAUUGAGAGACAACUGGUCGUGUGUGUACCUUUCCUUAUCAAAUAUAUUAUUUCUUAGGUGAAAAAACUAGAUAAGCGGCCUCUUGUGACUGACCUAGAGACUUGUGCUGAAUGUCAAACUAGUUAUUGUUUUUAAAGCACUGACUUUAGUUAUUUGCUCUCCAUAAAGGGUCUGUAAAUAGCAAGUGUUCUACCUAACUUGCUAUUGCUGUAUAUGAAGGGGUGGCAUGUAAAGCAAUGCUCUUAGGUACGGGAGCUGCCAUGUCUGUACCUAAGUAUGCACUUUAACAUUGUGUGUCACAUCUGCAUCUAUACCACAGUAUUUAUGACUCUAUGGAUGUUUUUCUUUAGUCUUUAAUGUUGAAGCCUGGAAAGGGUGUAACUAACCUUGGCAUGGUGCAAACUGCUAAAUCCAGAUCAAUUGUAAAAUAUGUUUCCAUUAGUUGUGUGUAUUUUUAAAGCUGCUUUUUAUUUUCUACAACCAAAAAAACAUACAUUUCUAGAGAUUUUAGUGCUUUGAUUCCAUGUUCUAUCCAGUAAACUCCCAGCAUGCACUGAUGCUUGGCAAACCUUAGCUAUGUGUAAUGGAAGGGUGAUCUAGUGGUAUCCAUGUCCCUUGCCUUAGAAGAAGCAAAACAUUUUUGAAUAUUUGAUGUUUAAAAGGGUGUGAAACCUAUACAUGGCAUGUACCUUUAAUUUUUCUUCGCUUGUCCUGUGUAAAGUACCCAAUUUCUUAAAGGAAUACAGGCAGGUAAUUUUAAAGUGACGGUAACCCCCUAGGAUUUACCAGUGCUAAAAAUAAAGUGGACUUUCAGUCAUGAAAUAUAAAAACUUCAUGCUGAAAGUUCCUUAAUCUGCAGUGUGUUUAUGCUGAGCGCCUACGGCCACUUACAGCAAAACUGUUAGUCAAUAGCGUUCUCUUAGCCAAUAGCAUGCUAGCCAUACAGCAUAAUGCCAAUUAACCCACACCACUAUCCCCUUUUAUUUGUAGUACUGGUAAAUCCUAGCAUUUCAGAAAUGCUCCGGUUUACCAUCACUUUAAGGUUAGUUUCCAUGUACAAAGUAUAAACUUAAAGAUAGAUCUGGGUUAUCUUUUUUUCUAGAAAUAAGUGAUACAAGGGCUGCUAUAUCUAAGAUUUAAUUUCAAUGCUUUACUGCUUAUUUUUACAACCUCAGAACAGUGUUACAGAAGUACUCCAGAAUUUCUUCCCUCAUGUCUAAAUUCUUCUGACUCUAGUUCUUAUGUCAGUAAACCUUCUGUGAUUUAACAUUAUCUAUCAAUGUUAAAAUAUAACAGUCUACUCCAGAAUUGUUAUUGUUUAAAAAUAUAGAUAAUCCCUUUAUUACCCAUUCCCCAGUUUUGCAUAACCAACACGGCUAUAUUAAUAUACGUUUUACCUCUGUGAUUACCUUGAAUCUAAGCCUCUGCAGACUGACCCCUUAUCUCAGUUCUUUUGACAGACUUGCAUUUUAGCCAAUCAGUGCUGACUCAUAAAUAACUCCAUGGGAGUGAGCAUAAUGUUAUCUGUACAGCACACAUGAACUAGUGCUGUCUAGCUGUAAAAAACUGUCAAUAUGCACUGAUAUGAGGCAGCCUUAAAGGGCUCAGAAAUUAGCAUAUGAUCCUACCUAGAUCUUGCUUUUAACAAAGAAAUACAAGAGAACAAAGCAAAUUUGAUGAUAAAAAUAAAUUGGAAAGUUGUUUAAAAUUGCAUGCCCUAUCUGAAUCAUGAAAGUUUAAUUUUGACUAGACUCCCUUUUAAAGGAUAUUAAGAGAUUGAAGCAAAUUAUAUAAUAUAAGUAAAUUGGAAAGUUGGUUAAAAUGUUAUGCUCUAUCUCACUGGUUUUCCAACCUGUCUUCAAGUAUCCCUAACAAGCCAGAUUUGCAGGAUUACCCUGGGUGAGAGUUACUAAUUAUUUCACAUGUGCUCUAGUUUAGAUAUCCUCAAAAUCUGGCCUGUUAAGUUUCAUUUAAUUUUACUGUCUCUGUAAGGGGAGACUAAUUAUACACUACACUUGCUCUUUAAUAUCCAAAAUGUUAAGUCUGCACCAAUGGAUUAGUUCAAUACUAUCAAGCCAUAAGCUUUAUUGUUAUUUCCUUGUUAUAAAAUGUCACUGUUAAUUAUAUUUAAUGUUAUGCUUUUUACUGUGUUUGUACAGCAAAAACAUAUCAUGUAGCUUAUAUAGAGCUAUAGCUGCUGUUUGUGCUCCGCUAUUAACACAAUAUAUUAAUAUAGUAACAUACUAGAUGAGGUGGAAAGACAGAAGUCCAUCAUGUUCAACCUAUACAGAUCUUUAUUUACAAUAAAAAAGCUCCAAUUGUGCUUAAAAUAAUUCCAUUAAAAAGGUGACCUAUUUAACACAGUCAUAUUCAAGAAUUAUGUUUCUAGCCAGAAUUGUAUCUAAGCCAUUUUUAAAUGUAUCUAACAUACUGGCAUUUACUACCUCCUUAGGGAAUGAGUUCCACAAUUUAUUUAUUUUUUUAUUUUAAUUAUUGUUUUUGUGCACAAUCAUAUUUUGUACCUGAAAACGAUAAAGCCAUUACUGUUUUAUUUUUAUAUUUUUGCCAUGAAAAAAAGUUUUUCAUCCAUGUAUAGAUUUAAAUGCCAGAAUAAGCUUGUGCAUUAUUUAAAAAAAAAAAGAGUAAACCAACAGUUUUGCAAGUAUUUUCUCAUUUUGCUAUGUGCAUAGUGUUUGUAUAUGCAACAUGGUCUGCCCAGUUUGCUGAGUAAGAAGCUGCAAAUGAGUGUUUAGUCUGAGCUCCUACAGUUUUCAAUAUCUGAUGUUGCGUGUUCUUAUUUCAGUUAUGUUUAUGUACUUAAAGUAGAUUGUGUGCGUUUUAAAUACAGAUUGUUAGAUAAAAGCCUGGCCAAGCUUUUGAUUUCACAAAUUGGAAACCAAUAUCUGCAUCAUAUUCCCCAUUGGCACACAAAAAUGAUACCAUUGUCAGUGUGUAGAGAAUGUAAAUCUUUAUUUUGUUUAUAGAUAUUUAUAUUCAGUAUUAUUUAAUGUUUAAGUCUAAUUUUAAUUUGAAAAGCAUUUUUUUUUAUACUAAACUUUUAUGCUUAUCUGAGCAGAAAUAUAAAACGGAGAGGCCUCUACUUAUCACGAAUGUGCAUUCGCCCUGUACUAGCCAAUCCACACGAGCAAAAGGUUUCAGCAUUAAAAUUAUACUUUUGAUAUGGCAAAUCGUGUAUCAUUUUAGUCCAGUGCUAGUGGCCCUACGUAAAUACUUCUGUGACCCUUUAUGGAGUAAGUACUACAUUUAACAAACAAAUAUUACCAGCUAUGAAUGAAAGGUAAUAUUUUUAAAUUGCAUAUAUUGGAAUGCAUUACUAUUAUAAUGUAAAGGUUUGCAGGAAAGACACAGUGGAUAACUAGAAAUAAUGUGAAAUAUCAAGUUGCAUGCUUGCUAAAAAUGGUGUGUGGCUCCUCAAAUUAGAUGUCAAUUGAGCAUAGAAAAGAACGUUUGUACAGAGCUUCCUUUAAACACAUUUUAAAGGGACAGUAAACACAGUUUUUUUUUAAUCAAGUGCUUCAGAAACCUAUCGUAUCUGCCUCUAAUUGGUUUCAACAGAGAUUAACAUAUCCACAAAACAAUUUUGGUAAUAUGAUAGUGGCUAGCCUUGUCUACUGUACUAUAAAUUCCAAACUGGCUUUCCCAAGUGAGCCAACUGAUGGGUGGGGAGUGUCUUUUGAAAAACAAUUGCAGCAAACAAGAUGGGUUUUUUUUACAAGGUUUCCACUGUCCCUUUAAAAAUACAAUUUACAUGCCAUACUUGUAAAAUAUGUUUUGAGCAUUUUUUGCACAGUUUUUCCUCAGAGUAGUAGUUUGCUUUUUUGUGUCCCCUUUUGAUAUCAAGCACAAUAGUGGGGAUUUGCCAUGGAGUAUCAUAAAAUCUGUAAAACAUCACAAGCAUAUCUACACAAAUAAGAUACGACUUCAUCAAGUUUGUUUGGAUUAAAAGAAAGUGGGCAGUAGGAUUACUGAAACGAGGCAUAGAUUUGUUGAUGGUUUGCACAUAAUUUAGUAGCCUAUGUCCUUACUUGUAAUUAUUUAAAAAUAAACAAUUUGUAUUUAUUUAGGCACCUGAAUUUAGGGUUAUAAAUUAUUUCACUUGUUAUAAACAAGUCAAUCUGCUUCUGGUGCUUAUUUCAGCUAUUAGGUGUGAUGCCGUAGUAAAACAAUGAGAUGCAGGUAAGAGUUAUGUUGGUAUAAACAUCACAGGAUGUGCAUAGGAGUCAUGUUUGAGGGGAUGAUGGAUACAAAUGGGAGCUGUUCCAACUGUCACAGCAUUGGAUUAAACCACGUGGUCUCAACAAUAUACUGUUAAGAAUGCAAUAGUACAUUAAUCACCAUGUAAUGCAUUUUAUACUUUUAUGUGAUGUUUGCACUCUAGUUGUCUACCAUAUAUAAAUUAGGAAACAGUAUAUUUUUGAAAUAUUAACAGUGCUUAAGUAUGCAAGAUAUUCUGAUCUAAAAAGUCGUGUUUGUGGCUUUUUUCAUUCACAUUUUUCAUGUUGAUUUUCUUUCAUUUUGUGUUGUACUUUAAAUGUUUAUUUUCUACAUUUCUUUGCACAUACGCUAUUAUUAGCAAGUUUUCUUAUAUGUACCAUGUCAUUUAUAAAAUAAAAAAUUCUGUCAUUGUAAGAAAAAAGUUAACUGAAGGUCCAGUUGAAACUGUAUUUAUAUGUAAAUAUAUAUAUGCACUGAUAGCCUGCUGGUUAAACUAGUGACUGCCUGACUUCUCAUGCAGUACCUAAUGUGUAUAACGAGAGGGCAGAGGUAUCUGCAGGGCAACAUAUCUACACUUCAAGAUCUAACUAUGUUAGUAAAAUUGUGUUUUUGCCCUAAACUCUGUUCUUUUGCUAUUUGUUUUUUAUUUUUAUUUUUUUUCCAAUUUUUAAGAUUUGUUUUUUUUUUUUUAAUUGCGAGCCAAUUUGCAAGAACACUGCAAAAUGGCAUAACUAUAUUUUAAAGCUAUGGAAAUUUAUGUAAUUUUUGUAUUUAUUUAACUGUGCCAAGUAUUAUUUUACUACCGUCUUGGUCUUGACGUACUACAUUGUGCUCAACAGGAAGUGUAUAUUUCAUAAUUUAGCUUUCCAUUCAUAAAUUAAUUCUGUCAAUUUUUUUGUAAGUUAUUAAUCAAAUAAAUAUUGAUACUUCUGUG